AUGGCUGUCAAAAAUAAAUCCGUAUCUUUAAAUUCAAAUCCGACGAGCCCAAUAACGGGAACUACUGUUUUACCUAUUGCUCGCGUGAAACGUAUUAUUAAAGAAGAUGACGAAGUAACAAUGUGUGCUGCUGACGCGACAUUCGUAAUUGCCGUUGCAGCGGAACUUUUUAUAGGACACUUCGUGAAACAAGGUUUAGAACAAGCAAAUUCUGAAAAACGAAGAAACGUUCUAUACCAAGAUUUGGGUGUUGUUCCGCAAACUUGUAAAUUCGAAAAGGCCUUAAAAACAUAUAACGAUACUAUGAAACAAUACGACACUACCAGGACAUUUGACGAAACAAAUAGUGAUAAUAGUAGUGAAGAAUCAAGCGACGAUAAUUGUGAUGGAAAUGAUGCUGAUGUAGGUCUCCAAAAUAAUGAAGAGGAUCAAAGCAAUGACGAGCUUGAUCUGAUUUCUGAAAGUGGUCAAGAUAUGAGUGAAAGUAACACCGAUGAUCUUGACUCAAUAGAAGAGAAUGGAGUUAAAAGUAAUGAUAGUGAAAAUGUUGAUAGCAAUUCCCCAAUUCAUAAUGGCAAUAACAACGAAGAAAACGGGAUUUCGGACAGCGAACUUAGUGAUGCUCCAACCUCAAGCAAUGAAAAUAGUUCGGGACAGCUUUAA